CUCUUUCAGGCAACGAAGACUACCUCUACUUCAUUAAAAAGCUACCGUUCAAACGAAGCGUCUGUAAAUUAUCCAACAACAGUUCACUAUAUUUUUUAAGCAUUUUUAUUUUUUGUUUUUAUGGACAACUAAAGUAACUUUCCAAAGCAAAGGUGAGCAAAAGGCCUUGUAACCCUUUUAUAUCAUCUAGCAGGCAUGAUAAUAAUUUCAUUGACUCUAUUUGAGAUAACAGUAUCCGGAUAUCGUAUAAAUAAUGCUGGCUAGACAACGGUAAAAAAACACUUUUUUGUUAUUUCUAAUUGAAAAUUGAGCGUUGUUGCAAUGAGAAGCGUCGACAGUACAAAAAAAGUCACAGAGCUUCCAGUAGUUGGACCUAAACAAGAGUCCUCUACGCGAAUAUCGGAGGGCUCCUUAGUGCGACGGCACACCCGAUUAUACCUGUUAAGUUUUUAUUUUUAAUGAAUUUGUUUGCCUGAUGUAUUUCUCAUGAAUUUAUUCACUAACUUUAUAGCGAAUGUUAUCCAUGACACAAGCUGGUUGUGCUUCGAAUUGUCGCUUUUAGAAAUCUAACUUCAAGAUUUCUUCUUGCAGCGGAAGGCCAUAGUCUCGCAGAAAGAAAAAUAAGGUGUUUAGCUAAACUGGCUUAUAUAACUGCAUCUAUUUUCUCUUAGACGAUACGUCAAACAGUAGGUUCAGUACAUCUAUACUUUUACUCCGUCAAUAGCAUAUAUUUGUUUUAUUGACUGUCAUAAACGCGUCUGUAAAUUUAAUCAAAUGUCAACAAAAAUUGUUUAAGCUUUUAUACCACAUACGUAGUUUAUCUUUGUUGUUCGUUCACAGGAUGUAAAUACUUAUUUAUCACCCCACGUAUUCGGAGCUUAGACCGAUGCAACCGAAAUGGUUGAUUCAAGCGCUCUCGGAGGUGUUCCGACUGAUAAUCUUCGAACCACAUUAACUGGCAACACGACGAGCAUCAGCUACCAAUUGCAGCGAUUGAAAAUGACAGGAAACGUAACUGUUCAUGAGGAAGCUGGCUUGGUGCCCACAUCUCAGCAGCUGCUCACUGGAUUCGCAGAGGAACCGAACGACUCCUUGUACGGCGAGUCACAGAUAACGACCUAUCUCGAUAGUUUUGAGAAAGCGGUGGAGUACCUGGAAGCAAGCGAGACCGAAUUUCGUGCAGAGGUUGAUGCACUUGACCAGCAGAUCCGUAACUACAAUGCAGAACUCGAUCGACGGGCGGAAGCCCUUUCUUUAGUCCAAGAAAAACUUGCAAAACGAGCUGAGGAAUUGGGCAAGUUCGCAAAGAAGCUCUCCAAUGAACUUCACACCUAUAACGAGAUGAUAUACAGUGGCGAAAGUAAAUUGUCAAGGCUUCUUAAGGAUCUGGAGGGCGUCAAGCAGCAACAGCCGGAUUAGAUUGAACGGCCAAAAAGGAAUCAUCGAGCCGACGCACAGGAACUGUGUCCUCUAAAUCCUUUGACAGUCAAAAAUUGACAUUGCUCUUAAAGCGCCAGUUAAAUGUCUAACGAUGAUGCAACAGCAAAGCUGAAUGGACCGUUAAUAUAGCGCCA